AUGGAUCAUAAGUCAGAAAAUGAUGAAAACGAUACAAAUGGCGAGGAAGAGGACGAAGACAUGUCCACCAAUGGAGACACACAACACAUCUCAGACAACAGUGACAAUCAGUCGAUGGCUGUGUCACACGUGGGCCGCAAACCACUCCAUGGGAUGCCCUGUAGUCUCAAGACAUUAGUCAACGACAACAUACUUGAACCCAAAGACGGCUCCCUUUCUAUUGAAUACAUGGGCGCAAAGUUUAUGGCAGACCUGUUGCCCAACGGAUCCAUACGAUUACAGGAGACAAAGCAGGUGUUUGUGAGUCCGUCUUCGUGGGUGAAUCACUGCCGAAAGCUGGUCAGCGGUGACGCCAAACUCGGCAGCGCGUGGUCUACCAUCAGAUACGACGGCAAACGAUUGGAUUCUUACAAACUUCGGUGGUAUCGGAAGCAGAAGAAAAUGAUCGCUAAUAAAGACUCGGACGCGACGGCCAGUCAAUCGUCGAGUAAGAGUGCGAACCAUUUGAACGAACCGCUAGACAUCGAGAGGUAUGCAAACAAGACAAUCAAAGACGUGAAUGUUGUCGACCAUCAACUUCUGGGCAGUCGAUCGGAUGGGCGGCCAAUGAAUGUGUUGGUUAAGUGCCAGCCUUUCGCUGCUUUAGACCGCAUCCAACCCUUCACUAUCACAAUAUCGACAAAUGCUUUACUACUCAUUGACUUUCAUUGUCAUCUGACAAACACCGAAGUCGUCGGCUAUUUGGCCGGCAAUUGGGACGUCGGCGCCCAUAAUGUAGCUAUUCUUCAGGCCUUUCCCUGCAGAAGCAAACUCACCGACAGAGACAACGCAGCGCUCGUCGAGGAGGAGAUCAAACAAGCCAUGGAGAGAAGGAACUUACAUCUCAUUGGUUGGUACCACAGUCACCCGAAAGCUGUUCCGCAACCAACCAUUAAAGACAUUGAGAGCCAAAUGGAAUAUCAGAUCGCAAUGAAAGGAGAGAGCGAUUCUUCUUAUACGCCAUGCGUUGGACUUAUUUGUGCGCCUUUUUAUGAGUUCAAUGACGGCCUGUCGGCCACAUUCCAGGUGUAUUGGGUGAUGCCUCCACCCGAAUACAGGCCUCACGAAUACGGCAAACCUAUGCAAAUGACUUAUACCGUAUCCAGAGAUUCCUUCCUUACUCAAGACUUACUCCUGGAAAUGCGACUUUUGGCCCAUUUUUACGCCAUUUCCAACGAUUUCGUUCAAUUCGACAAAGAUUUCAAGAAUAAGCAAACUUUUUGGCAAAAACUUCAGGUUUCGCUUAAGUCUAAACUUCCACGAGAUUUGCUCGAUAUAGAGGGACAGCCGACAUCUCAAACACAAGUACAACAGCAAGCAUUGUCUCACUUCUGGGCGUUUAUAAAGGGACUGUUAAUGCCUUAAUGCCUGACCACAAGGUUUCACUUAUAUAAUGAUUACUUAAUUCUCAUGAGAACAUUGACA